CUUGUUUAUCUUAAAAAAAACUAUUUUAAUAUUUUAAUUACUUUUUAUAUGUUUCCAAAAUAUAUUUUGGUUUCUUCUACAACGCUUCUUCUUAUGAUGAUUUUGCUGUUACAUUAUCGAUCGGUACAAUUAUCUUCUCUCUAGAAAUCUUCCUUUAUCUCGAUCUUUCUCUCUCUAGAUGUUUGAAGUUUCACUGUUUCUACAACAUUAAGCGAGAAAACAUAACUGAACUUGGAAAAGAGGCAUGUUCAUGGUUUGAUAUUUUGUUGGCUUACUUUAUCCAAGAUAUAGCAAGUAUUUGACAGAAACCAGUGGCUGCCUUUUAGAUGAUAACUACUGAUUGCAGCUCGUGAAGGCUGCAUUUAAGCAUGUUGAUAGUCUUUCAAUUGAUUUUCAAUUUCUUUUGUGAUGAGAGGUGGAUUUUUUACCAUUUACCGUAUCGUAUGCUGCACAUAAAAAGUGAUAUAUGUCAACAAUCACGUGAAGAUCACUGUUUCUACAGUGUAGAAACCUCUAUCAGGAGGUUAGAGGUCCAUUGAAAAAGUGUUGGUCCGCCAGUCAUUGUAAUCUUAAAAUGGAAAGAUAUAGAAUAUUGAAGGAGCUUGGAGAUGGAACGUGUGGUAAUGUAUAUAAGGCCAUUAAUACAGAAACAUCUGAAAUUGUUGCAGUAAAGAAAAUGAAGAGGAAGUUCUAUUUUUGGGAAGAAUGCAUUAAUCUACGUGAAAUAAAGUCCCUCCGUAAAUUGAAUCAUCCUAACAUCAUCAAACUGAAAGAGAUUGUCAGGGAAAACAAUGAGCUUUUCUUCAUACUUGAGUACAUGGAACGUAACUUGUACCAACUAAUGAAAGAUCGGCAAAGACCUUUCCUAGAGGAAGAGAUUCGAGGAUUGAUGUCUCAGGUGUUGCAAGGACUUGCCCAUAUGCAUAAAAAUGGUUACUUUCAUCGGGACUUGAAACCUGAGAAUUUACUGGUGACGAAUGACGUAAUUAAAAUUGCUGACUUUGGGUUGGCUCGUGAAGUGUCUUCAUCACCUCCUUUCACCGACUAUGUUUCAACUCGUUGGUACCGAGCACCAGAAGUUUUGUUGCAAUCUUCAUCAUACACACCUGCUAUCGAUAUGUGGGCAGUUGGUGCGGUACUUGCUGAGCUUUUCACUCUUUGCCCAAUAUUCCCCGGUGAAAGUGAAAUUGAUCAGUUGUAUAAGAUAUGCUGUGUUCUUGGACCGCCAGAUUGGACUAGCUUCCCAGAACUGAGAAGUGCUUCACGGUUGUUUGAUAUAAGUUGUUUUGAUAUUACACCAGCCAAUCUGUCUGAUGUCAUUCCAAAUGCUAGCUUGGAAGCUAUUGAUUUGAUCAAGCAACUCUGCUCGUGGGACCCAUUGAGAAGACCAACUGCUGACCAAUGCUUACAGCACCCAUUUUUUCAUGUUGAUAUGUCAAUUCCUCGUCCUCUAGGGGAUCCACUGCAGAUGAAUUUAAGUAGUGUUGGACCUGAGCCUAAUCUUGAGUUGAACCUGUGGGAUUUUGGGACAGAAAAAGAUGACUGCUAUCUUGGUUUGACUUUGGCUGUGAACCCAACUCCCUCUUGCCUAGAUUUAUUUCCUGCAAAGAUGGCAAGUAAAAGUCAAGGUGCAGGAACGGAUAUGUUCUGCCCUGGUUUCCAAGAUCACUCACAACACUCAGUUUUCUGGUCCUUGUUUCCUACUGAUCACCAUCAAAUAUCUACUCCGGUGGACUCCUCAUUGUCAUUAUCAUUCAGCACGAUUCCACACUCAACUAUUGGAGCUCCACAAUCAACUGGUUUUGGCAUGACAUCUCUGCAGACUAACUUCUUGGAGCGCCCCUUUCUGGCUAUGUCGUCAUCCUUUCAGCAGGGACGUUGCCUUUGAGCUCCUGAUUCAACUCUCUAGUUCGACUAAAUAAGCAAUUAUACUAGUAUUUAGUUGUAAUCUGUAAAUGUAGUUGACAGCACAAUUAAAGUCUAUUUACUAGAUUUUUUUCAUAAUUCUCAGAAGAUUCUCUUCUAAAGAUGUAGAGUGACCCACACUCCUUUUAGGCGGUGUAGUUGGUGUCCUUGUGGGAACAAUCGUAUAGAAGAUGACUGAAGUAUACUGUUGUAAUUAUUAAACCAUCAUAAACGUGGAGAAAGAUACAACUCUAGUUCUUUAUUUAGUUUUUUUUUUUCGUUGUUAGUUGGAUGAGCUGAUUGCCUGGCCUUUUGGGGCCACAAAAGAUUUGCUAGCUACUCUUGAAUAACAUCACUUUUUGAAAAGUUUAAUGUCCAAUUUCCCCUUGGAGGUAGGGACAUUAUCACAGAAUGAAAUUUUGAAUUUGUACUUUGGGAAUUCAAAGUUCAAAUUCAGAGUUGUCAAC